AUGACUGUACGGGAACUGGGCUGCCAGCGGAGAAGGCAGAUCUUGGGUUGCAGUGCAUUUCCGGGUGAUUUUUUAUUCGAGGAGAGGGGUGUGGAGCGAGUGUGCAUUGGGAUAUCCCCCCGGGUAGAAGAGCUAGAUGCUGGGCUUAGUGAAUGCAAGGGACCCUGGCUGACAGUUUGCUUGAGCGGCGUGGAAUUUUUCAGAGUGGUUGUUUGGCGCUGUGGGAAAAGUCUUCAAACGCAUGAGGGAGCAUGCAGCGGGGUGAUGGGGCAGCGCUUUCGGACAGCGCCUUUGAGGGUUAGCAUGACUUUUUUGCCAAAUGGGGAGUUUCAGGGGCAGAUGUUGCUCGACGAGCGCGAGUAUAGAUACUCUGUGUAA